AUGGGUUCCGUGGACACCUCUCUGCACCCCCAUACAUCGGGCCGCGCUGCUCGCUUCGCAGAAGCACACUCCUCCCCAAAUCCAUUGAUCCUCUACGGCGGCUGGUUCUGCCCUUUCGUCCAGCGCAGCUGGAUUACCCUGCACGAAAAGAACAUCCCGCACCAAUAUUUCGAGAUCAACCCCUAUCACAAAGGUCCCGAAUUUCUGAAACUAAACCCUCGUGGUCUGGUCCCUACACUCGCCGUUCCUGUUGACAAGGAGGGCAAGGAGCAAAAGCCCCUGUACGAGAGUCUUGUGAUUUGCGAGUACUUGGACGAAGUAUACAACGACCCUUCGAAAAACGGACCUGAUCUGCUGCCCAGAGAAGACGCCUACUUGCGUGCAAGAUGCCGGAUUUGGAUCGAUCAUAUAUCAACAAGAAUCAUUCCUGCGUUCUACCGGUUCAUGCAACAUUCAGACUCGAAAUCAUAUACUCUUGAUGAAGCGCGGGCGGAGUUCCUUACCCAUAUCAAGACGUUCAUCAAAGAAUGCGACCCUCAAGGCCCAUUCUUUUUGGGCGAGAGAUUCAGUCUGGUGGACAUUAUGCUCGCGCCCUGGCUGUGCAGGAUGUUUCUUUUCGAUGUAUACAAGGGCGGAAUUGGUGUGCCCGAGGAAGGGAAAGCAGGCGAUGACGAAGGAGUGUGGCAGAGAUGGAGGAAAUGGGCCAAAGCAGUGGGAGAACGGGAGAGCGUGUUGGAUACCUUGAGUGAGAGGGAUCAAUACGUCGAGGCCUACCGGAGGUAUGCGGAGGAUACCACACAGAGCGAGGUUGCAAAGGCCACGAGGUCAGGGAGAGGAUUGCCAUAG